GGGAGGGACAACAGAAAAGGGACAACGUCUAAAGAUGGGGGGCAGGGGCGACGGUUAAAGAAGUCGCCCCAGGCUGCGGCGCGGGUGAUGUCAGCUCUGGACAAAAAUAGAGAGGGAUCGCCUGCAAAUCCCCAGCUCCGGCUGGGCUAAACCUUGCAAUCCUUCUUCGGCCGGCGCAGAGCCAGGGCGCAGCGGCCUCCACCGCCUCCCCCGGCGCGCACACACCAGCACACGCGCACGCACGCACACACUCCCCCCGCACUCGCACUCCCGGUCUUCCCCAUCCCGCUCGGUGCCGGCCACUCCUGGUACCGGUCUGCCCCGCGGCGAAGCACACCGACACGCGCACACACAGGUGGCGGCUGGGACGCGGGGAGUGUGUUCCUUCAGCCCUGCGGCCAGCGCGACCUCGCAGCAGCCGCCGGUGCAGGAUCCCCGCAGCGCCCCUCGGAGCGCUGGCCACGAGCCGCUCACGGGACUGCGCGCGGUGGAAAGCCGGGACGUGGAUUAGCGCCCGCAGCAGCCUCCCGCGCGCGCCGAGGCGCUAAAGGGCUUACCCAGGAGGGGGGUGCGAGGGCGGAGAGAGGCUGCCCGUUAAAUACCGCUCUCCGCCGCACUCCGGGCUCACCCAGCUCGCCGCCACCGUCUCCAGACCGUGCCCGGGAGGAGGGGGCGUUCCCCACGCCAUGGCAUCAACAGAGGGUGCCAACAAUAUGCCCAAGCAGGUAGAAGUGCGCAUGCACGACAGCCACCUCAGCUCCGAGGAGCCAAAGCACCGAAACCUGGGCAUGCGCAUGUGCGACAAGCUGGGGAAAAAUCUCCUGCUCUCACUGACUGUGUUUGGUGUCAUCCUGGGAGCAGUGUGUGGCGGGCUGCUUCGCUUGGCAUCUCCCAUCCACCCUGAUGUGGUCAUGUUGAUAGCCUUCCCGGGGGACAUACUCAUGAGGAUGCUGAAGAUGCUCAUCCUCCCUCUCAUCAUCUCCAGCUUAAUCACAGGGUUGUCAGGCCUGGAUGCUAAAGCCAGCGGCCGUCUAGGCACGAGAGCUAUGGUGUAUUACAUGUCCACGACCAUCAUUGCUGCCGUGCUGGGGGUCAUCCUGGUGUUGGCCAUCCACCCAGGCAAUCCCAAACUCAAGAAGCAGCUAGGGCCUGGGAAGAAGAAUGACGAGGUGUCUAGCCUGGAUGCCUUCCUGGAUCUCAUUAGAAAUCUCUUCCCGGAGAACCUGGUGCAAGCCUGUUUCCAGCAGAUUCAGACAGUGACAAAGAAAGUUCUGGUGGCACCUCCAUCUGAGGAGGCCAAUACAACCAAGGCGGUCAUCUCCAUGUUGAAUGAAACCAUGAACGAGGCCCCUGAAGAAACUAAGAUCGUUAUCAAGAAGGGCCUGGAGUUCAAGGACGGAAUGAACGUCUUAGGUCUGAUCGGAUUCUUUAUUGCUUUCGGCAUUGCCAUGGGGAAGAUGGGUGAACAGGCCAAGCUGAUGGUGGAGUUCUUCAACAUUCUGAAUGAGAUCGUGAUGAAGUUAGUGAUCAUGAUCAUGUGGUACUCCCCUCUGGGUAUCGCCUGCUUGAUUUGUGGGAAGAUCAUCGCUAUCAAGGACUUAGAAGUGGUUGCUAGGCAGCUGGGGAUGUACAUGAUCACGGUGAUCGUGGGCCUCAUCAUUCACGGGGGCAUCUUUCUCCCCUUGAUUUACUUUGUAGUGACCAGAAAAAAUCCAUUCUCCUUUUUUGCUGGCAUAUUCCAAGCCUGGAUCACUGCUCUGGGAACGGCUUCCAGUGCCGGAACUUUGCCUGUUACCUUCCGUUGCUUGGAAGAUAAUCUAGGGAUUGACAAGCGUGUGACCAGAUUCGUCCUCCCAGUCGGAGCAACCAUUAACAUGGAUGGCACAGCCCUUUACGAGGCUGUGGCAGCCAUCUUCAUAGCCCAAAUGAAUGGGGUCAUCCUGGAUGGAGGUCAGAUUGUGACUGUAAGCCUUACGGCCACCUUGGCGAGCAUUGGUGCAGCCAGUAUUCCCAGCGCCGGGCUGGUCACCAUGCUCCUCAUUCUCACAGCUGUGGGCCUGCCAACGGAGGAUAUCAGUCUGCUGGUGGCGGUGGACUGGCUGCUGGAUAGAAUGAGAACUUCAGUCAAUGUGGUGGGCGAUUCUUUUGGGGCUGGGAUUGUCUAUCACCUUUCCAAGUCUGAGCUGGACACCAUUGACUCCCAACACCGAAUGCAGGAAGACAUCGAAAUGACCAAGACGCAGUCCAUUUACGACGACAAGAACCACAGGGAAAGCAACUCUAAUCAGUGUGUCUAUGCCGCACACAACUCUGUCGUAAUAGAUGAGUGCAAGGUAACUCUGGCGGCCAAUGGAAAGUCAGCUGACUGCAGUGUUGAGGAAGAACCUUGGAAACGUGAAAAAUAAUGACCCGAUUCUCAGCCAAUUCUUGAAUAAACUCCCCAGCGUAUCUUAUGGUAAAAGAUGCUCUCUAAACAGGCUUCCUUUACAAAAGGAAAAGAUGCAUAUGUUUCUAUGUUUACUUAAUCUGUUAGCUGAGGCAUAGAGGAGCUGUGUACACCCAUGAUGAUAGGCACCGUGCUGUGUCUUUGCCAAAUAAUGCUUUAUAACUGUCUAAUUUUCUUACUUGUGUCAUUGUCUGAAUGGACGCUGCUGGAGAAACCACUUUGAAUGGAAGAAGUGUUCUUGCCAGCUUCCUUUUGUCUCAGUGCAAAACUGUGGAUGCUAUUUUCCAAGGGGACAGGAUGAAAGCAGUGUGGUACCCUCCAGGGACUUGAGACAACGAGCACACAUGGUGUUGUCUUCCUUAAAGUGUUCAUGGCUCACCUUGUUCUACACAAAAGAUUCUGCUUGAAGCUUCUAGAAUUACCUCCCCUCCAGCCUGUAUAGUUGGCACCUACAUUGAUUGAAAGCAUCUGCCUGGGGGAACUCUGACAAUUUUCCUUUUUGUGCACUGUCUAAGUAGAAUGUUUCAGAGUUUCAGUGGGUGCCCAUAUUCUGAAAUGCAGGUGACCAUAAAGGCCACAGCUCACAGCUCUGCCUUUCUGUCUCUCUCUCUCUCUCUCUCUCUCUCUCUCUCUCUCUCUCUCUCUCUCUCUGUGUGAUGUGUGUGUGUGAAAAUGGGAAAUUUCAAAUUUGAAAAUGAUCUAGGAAUCAUUUACAUAUUAUCACUGUAUACCUUGAGGAAAGUGAAGGAGCAUAGUCAACUUGAAUUUUAGUCAGAAUUAAAUAUUCCAAUUCUAUUGUUUGACUUGCACUCGUAGAGCAUAUUGAACUCAGUGUGAUGAUCUGAUCUGGUUUUUUGUUCCACCCAUAGAUUCUCACUUGAGUUCCUCACCGAAAGAUAUUUCCAACACCCAAAUCACGUCCAUCACAUCCUUGUCUGCUUAUAUGGCUGAGCACUUUAGCUUCCUCACAUUAAGAGACACACAUUGGCUAUGGUUCUUUUUCUAUCAUCCUGGUAUAUAUCUAAUAUGUAGAAAGUGUUUGUUAUAUUAAAGCACAUGAAAAAUAUCACAAAACACAAAGCUUCUUUGGUGAGAAAGGAACAGAAACCAAAUAUGUAUAUAAAAUCCUAUAAAGGUUUCUAUGACAGAGGCUAGGCAGCCUCAAACCAUCAGAUGGGGACCAAGAAUGACUCUACACAACUUUCCAGAGAGAAUCCUUUCCAGGGACUGUGAAAGUCUGAAGGAAGAAAUAAUAUAAUUGGCACAGCAUGAUGGUUUGCCUGUGGUAGGCAGCCAACGAAUCCUUAAUGAUGGGUUGUGCAAGCUAAAAUUGUGAAUGUCUCUAUUAUUAUCUUCUGUUGAAGAAUGCACAGUAUUUUCCUAAGAUCCUGGGUUUAACGGUUAGCUGGGAACUUGAACCACUGAAAAACAAAACAAAUUCAACUUGAAGGAGUGAUGGAACCUGAGCCAUCAGUCAGGGCAUGUGUGUGCUCUGAGGCAAACAGAGCUGAGGAGACAUUCUUAAGCAGUAAUAGGACCCAUUGCCUCUGAAGAAGGGCACGGGGCUAUCGCUUCUCCUCUUAGCCCCUCUUGUGACUUCUCUCCUUCAAAUCAGAUGGCUUGGACACAUACUAAAGACAAGAGAUUCCUGUUGCUUUAUCUCAUAAACCCUAUUUUAAAACAAGGAUCACUAUUGAGCAGUAUUAAAUUAAUUAGUUUGUUCUGUUUUAGGUUUUGACUUUUGAAACAAGGUCUUUUUAUGUAGCCUAGACUGGCUUCAAACUCUCACACCUACUGCUCAGUCUUGGUUCUAAGAUCACAGGUGGGCACCACUGCAUCGGCUGACAGACCUCUUGUUUAUAUUCUUGUGAGGAACAGUGAGCAGGGUAGCAGUGACCAGCUGUGAAACUUUGAAGGAAGACAAGAAGGGCCAAAGGGAUUCUGCUUAGCUGUGAAACUAUUCUAGAUACUCUGUAAGUGGUACCCCAGGGCUUUCCUAUGCUGAGUAGAUGUAUCUAGGCAAGGCAUCAGAAGCAUGCUGGGUUUUGCUGUGUUGGGGAGGGAAAGGCCAUUCCAUACAAUGAGUCUCCCCAUACAAAAAGAUACAAGGCCACUUGGGUACUUAAACAUUGCCCUUUUCUCAAAAGCACUCGCAGGAUGACAGUGUUUGUCAUCUCAGAUUCUGCCUGAAAAUCUUUCUAAUUUGUCUUAUCUUCACCUCUCCCCUAGAAGUCCUGUUAGCCUAUGUAAAGAAGACAGAGCUUUCAGGAGAACAAAGGCACACUAUUUCACAAGUCAAGUUUUGCUAACUACAUAUGUUGUCCCAAGAGAAUAUGCUAGGGAAAUCACAUUUACUGAAAAUUUGAUAAUUUUAUUUAAAAUAAAUAAUCUAUCAAAUUGGAGGCUUCACUAAAAAAUCUAGGAUGUGGUGGAAUUGACAUAGUACUGUGUCUUGCUUUUGUAAGCCUUGUUAACCUUCCCCAUGCCCAUUGGAGAUUCCCUUGCCUAGAAAAAGUGCAGGAAGCUGAAAAAGCAGAUCCAAAGUGUGUUCUAGUCGCCUUAGUCUAAAUAGGGUACCUGUCACUGUGUGUGUGUAUUAAUAGAGCCAUCGUAGAUCUGAAUGCCCAUAAUGAUGAUUAAUCUUUUAUGUGUAGUUCUGUCUCUGUCUCUCCCUUUCAUAUGCACACACACACACACACACACACACACACACACACACACACACAGAGGGUGUGUGUCACAUACACUAACUCCAGGAACCAGGGAGGUUUAUAUAUUGGGGCUUUGGCAGUGCUAUUCCUAUAACAGAUUCAGUUAAUACUUUCAAGGAAUCAAAAUCAUUUCAGAAAAAACAAAUAAGUGAGCAGACAUUCAUCUUCCCUGUCUCAUCCUUUCCCUACAAGAAGACAAAUCAUCAUUUUAUUAACUACUGAGUAAAACUCAACAAUUCAGCCAGUGAACAGCGCGGUUUUUUUCGAAGGUAAAAUUUCACUGUGGGCUUCUGAGGGUGGCGGGACACCAGAGAAUCCAGGCAGCCAUCAGGACCUAAGCACACAAAACCUCAGUAAAGGCCUGUAGGUGAUUUUAGGACCAUGAGAUCACUACCAGAUUUGGUUUUUGACCUUUUUUUUGGGGGGGGGGUAGGUAACAGGGGUGUAAUAAAAGCCUGUGUGGCCCUAUUGCUUGUAGAAAGUUUUAUGCUCUAUAAAAGACAGCUAGCCUUUUCUCCUCACUAGUCACUAGUUCGGACAUUUACAGAGCAAAGGAAGGAUGCCAGAAUGUCUCCAGAUGAAAACGAAGAAAGCACGGAACUGGGUACGAGGAAUUCAGUUUAUGGAUCAGACCCUGCUGGGGGAUGCUGGGUCUCAGUGAUUUGCUGGUUAGGGUCAACUAUGGUAGAAAAUCAUGCACGUAGUCAGACGCCCUUCAGAGAGCUGAAAGGCCUCAGAAGAAAAACCCAACCCUGCCUUGCUGCUGUGAGUAAUCUUCCCUUUGUUCUCCAAAGUAAAAUCUUAUUAUAAUGUUCACUUUUGUCAGGAUCUAGGCUCUUGCCUAUGCAUUAUUUUCCUCAUGCAACAAAGCAAUAAACCCAAGUAGGUAUUUGCAUGCUCUGGCUCCGAUAAACAAGCCUGAGCAGCUCAGGCCUCCUUUGAUGACUAAAAUGGCAGUGGUUACAGCCCUGGGGCAACCUGCCCGGUUUGCUGCUCUCUUUAAGGACCAAUCUGUCUGCCCUGCUUUUUCUUUUUCUUUUCUGCUUAUUCUGCAGCUGAACUCAUGAUUUAUCAGGCAGGAUGAAGAUGCAGAUGGGAUUUUCCAGUAUUGGGAUACUUUCAGGGCUUCAGGGCCCAAGGGUCUUAAGGAGAUAAGGUUAGAGUCUGAGGCAAGGGUUUCCUAAACCAAGUUGUCACUGAAGAUUCAUGGUCUCUGCAUCUACAGUAGUCUCUGGUUAAACCCAAAAGAAGGAUUACUGAGUGCCAACCUAGCCAGGUGGCAACUGUGACAGCUAGUUUUCGGUGGGAGGAGUGAGAUAAAGUCUCAUCAAGAACACCAACCAGCUUAGGAUUUUCCCUAAAACUCUCUUCCCAGUUCACUGCCCUUGCCCUUCCCUUUCCUUUCGUUUCAUUGCUUAAGAGACUGCUUAGUAAAUGGCCAAAUAGUUAAGAGGGGGUUGGCUUGGAAGCAGAUAACAGGAAAUCUUAACUGAAUAGUAAUAGCCAGUCUCACAGCCUCACACCAUAAUCAGGCAAUGACACAGAGAUGCUCAAAAACAACGUGGCUUGGGAGAGAAAACAUUUGAUUAAGACACUCCCCACUUGUAGCUGUAAGGCUCACACAAGCCACUGUGUGCCCAGGUUUCUUACACUUCCUUCUGAAAUGAGAAGGGAUUGGACCAACUGCAGUUUUCUAAUCUCCUUCCAUCUUACUGUUCUCAAACAUGACUUAUUUAUAUUGUAAGUUUGAAAGACACACAAAAAUGAAUAUUCAAUUUAGGUGUUUCCUCGCCCAUUAUGAGAAAACUCCAACUCAAGCUUCCAUUCAUUCCAUACUUUACAACAAGCUUGGAGAGUGGCCACAGUAACCCAGUUUCCAGCAUUCAGACAUCAGUAAAUAUCCUUUGCUAUUCCCUAAACUCACUGUUCUCAUGGAAGUGGUGAUUUUGCUCAGGGAAAUGUUCUGCAACAUCACCGUGAGCGACCAGACGCCGCGAGUCUGAAUUUUGAGUUCUUGCAUCAUACCUGCUGUAGCAACAGAGCCCACUCCAAAUACUCAGCCCACACCAUUUUCCCCAAACAGUCCUAAUUGCCAACCCUGUGUGGGAAUUUGGGAGCCUCUGGCAAACAAGCUUGAACACUCCUGACAUUUGGUGCAAGAUUUACACAACAGCAACUGUCUCCACACACCUUUCCCGCCACGUGCAUGCAGACUUGUACAUCCAUUCUGAGUCUUCCCCCACUCCCACCUCGCUCCCUGGAGAGAGGAUUUGAUUGAUUUCAUUAGAGAGUUCUCCUCUUGAUUUAUAUGCAUAACAGACAUCACAUCAUUGAGAGAGAUGCUGUCACUUAUAAGAACGGAGUUUUCCCAUUUGCCCAUGUUCCCAUUUGCCCAUGUUCGUCCAUGUUCACAGAGUGUCUAAGUCAUUACAGCAGAGAGGGUGGCUGCACCUUCCCUUCCCUGGUUCAGUUAUAAAAGGUCAUAGCUUGCAUUUUUUGCUCUCUGACCAAAUUGCAACCAGAGUUAAAUUGAUGUAUUUAGUGUAGUGAACAUCUUCAUUGCCAGAAAAGAUUUCAGCUCUUCAAUUUUUGGGGAGUAUAGCCAGUUCGGAAAGGGCUGAUUAUUGUUAGUGUCAUGGUGGUUGGGUUUUUCCUCCUCUCGAGGUGACAGAAGAUCUAAGGUGAGAGCAGAAAGAUGUUUCUUAAUUGACCUACUUAAGGUCACUGCAGAAAAGGGGGAGAAGUCCAGAAGGUCCAGGGAGAUUGGGUUCACACUAACACUCUGAAUCAUUUCUCAUCAGUUUUUUUCUAUGCUGAAUCUUGUUUUAUCCUAUGAUCCAGCUACCAAUUUUGGUAUUUUUAAGUCUUUCUCAUUGUAUUUUGGGGAAUUUUUAGGCUGAGAAUAAAAUCUACUAUUGGAACAGACCUGUGCUCUGCAGAGGCAUCACGUGACCCAGACAAUGGGUGGCAGAAUAUCUGGGUUCCCCUGGAGACACCCCCAAUCCCUGGGUGAGCUUUAGAACCUAACAACCGACUGUUAUCCUUAUCACCAUCCUCUGGGACAUGGGAGAUGAUGCAGUCAGAGCCUUGCUACUUCUGGGCUUUGUUUCUCUCUAUGGCAACCAUUUUAUCCUGACUGGAAAUGGCUUCAUGCCCUAGGUGGGGGGGAGGGGGGGCAGGCACACUUACAGCCAAGGAAGUGGUCAAACAGAUCCCUAAGUUCUCUCCAUGCUACAACAAAUUCCCUAAUACACACAACCAGAAACUCAGCUCCUGGGUGGCUUAGUACCCACAAGGUCACUUUCCUGUUCUAAGAGCCUUCAGUAUCCAGAUUCUUCUACAAACCACCUCAACUCUUUCCUCUUUCUUUCCUUCCAUAAAAUCUCAGCAUCCCACCCCACAUUGCACAACAGUGACCAGAUCAGCUGGUCACUAUAGAGAUUUGUAUAUAUUAAAACAAACCUACUUUUUGGAGAAUUUUUUGUAUAUUCUUUUUCUAUUUGUUUUCUACAGAUUGAGGACAGAGCUGGCAAACUGUGAAUCUAAUUUUAUCUUGAUGCCAGCAGAUAUAUUUUAGCUUCCUGGUAUGAAUCUAUGUUCCUAGGGACACCAUAUCACCCUCUGAUCAGUAUUGCACCUCCAAUCUACAAAGUUAGUUUGGCCCAAUCUUACAUUCUCUCUUCCACAAAUCCCCAAAUUUCUUUGCUAUUAUUUAUACAGAGAAAUAUUUAUAGUCCUGGAUAUUACAAGUUUUAAUGUUAAUUUAACUUUUAAUAACGUUACACAUUUGUAGCUACUCUUCAAAAAUCAUAAAGACUCAGAGUAGGCUGAUAUAGUCUCUUUGGUAUCUGUAAUUUUUUCAGACAGAUAUUUUCUUAUGAUAUUUUCUAUACAACCACAUAGAUAGAAGUAUAGCUAAUUAGAGCACACAUUUCUAUAGCAAUUUGGGGUAUCAACUGUUUCCUGAGCAUACAGACACAUUUGAGAAAUUUUGCAACUCAGUCCUUAAUGAUGCAAUGAAUACCUUGACCAAACUCAGAACAAAGAAUUGCUUAAGCCCCUUAGGUAGUUAGCAUAUACAACUGAACAGUUAAUCCUUCAGCAUCAAGGAAUGGUGCUGACUGCUGUUUCCUGACACCAGUUCUUGUUUGCCCAAUGUACCUUUCUAAUUUUAUUUUUCUAUAAGAUGAAUAAAGGCCGGUGCUAAUAGCAGGACCGGAAUCUCCCAUGCAUUUCUAGAUGUUUAUGUGAAAAUUGGCUUAAUAAAACAUAGAGUAGCAAAGACUGAGGAUAGUUAGUAAGAAAAGAAUUCAGGACAGGUUUGGUGCAGUUUUAAGUCUUGCCAAGCAAAAUGAUAGCAAAACCUCACAUUGUUAUAUGAAUUGAACAUAUAUUUUUAAGAAGAAAUUAAAGACAACAUAUUUUUAGUACCCAUUCAGAAUCCAUGCUGUAUCCCUGGGGGGGCCAGAGCUGGGAGUUAGAGUCAUACUGAAAUUAUUUAGCAUAAACUCAAAUAGUUUAUCCUCAGGUAGGCAACAAACUUAUGUAACCUUCCCACAAGGUAAACCAGUAGCCACGGAAAACACAAGGUGUCUUUUCUCCACCGAACACACUCUCUGCAAUGGUGGGAGGACUGGUAUUUUACUGUGUUUGAAAGAGUAGCCUGUUACAUAGAUGACAUAGUAGGAUGUAUUCAAACCUGCUCCUCAUUAAGUGAACAGAUUAGAUGUGCCCUCAACUGGCUAAGAUUGUAUCUGUUUUCACCGCUAGCUAUCAGAGCAUGAGUUUCUUGUGUGUACACGCUGAUACUUGGUUCACGCAUGAAGACAGUGCCUAUGCACUUUGUGUAGCUAUCAUGUAGGUAUUUGUGUGUAAUUUCAGUGAAACAAUGUAUAGACGUAAUUUAAUUUAACUGUUUUUCUUGGCUGUUUAUCUAAAUGCAGUAGAUAUGUCGAUUGGCGUUUGGAAACCUUUCUUUGCAGUCUUAGGUAUCGUCUAAGAGUUAUUUCUCUUUCUCAAUGUCACAUUGAGUGAAGAACUUAACCUGUGAAACCUCUGUACUAAUUAUUGUUUGCAAAUCUCUGAGUCCAGCACCUUUGUAAAUACAGCCCCGAGCAGGGAUGGGGAUGAAUGUGUUUCCUGUUACUCAGUGAAGUAUCAACCUAUGCCUGCAUCAUUCCCACUCAGUGCACCAGUGGAACUUGUGGUUACCAAGUCUGAGGGAGGUUUAGAAUGAAGACACUCGUCUCUCCUCCCUCACUGGUGGACUGGGCUUAAAGAGACAGAAAAAAAUAAAAAGUCCAUCUCCUCUUCAUACUCAAAUCAUGUCUUCUGGGGGUAAGGGUCAACCUCUCUGGUUGUCAGAUCUUCACAUGAUGCUGACCUUCAACCUGGCCUAAGAUUCUGAAGAACCUUGUUACUUUUGACUUCCUGAGUUGGAGUACAAGAAUGUUUUUAUUGAUUAGUAGUCAUGCUGGUUAGCCUGAGCCUCCCCCGAUAGCACAGUUCUGGCAGCAAAUUGCACACCUGUGAGAGAACAACAGAGUACUAGAAGCACACUAAGGCCCAGGGCCAGCAACAGCCAGGGGCCAGUAAUGGUUGAGGACCAGCAAAGGCCAGCGGUCAACCUUGGCAUUGGCAGAGGACCAACUUCUGAUGGACUGAUCUUGAGUAUGUAACAGGAGGCUGAUCUCCUCUACCCAGUCUGCUCUGCUUGCAUGUGUGGAGUGGGUGGAGAUGAGAUUAACAAUGGCAAUUAGAUGUGAUUUUGCAAACUGCAUUCUCACUAAAUACCAUACUUUGUAGUUCCAGUAACCCCUGUCUUCCCCACAAAGACAGAAGACACAGCAAUGUGCUGGAGAGUACCCCUCCCUUUCCUCACAGAUCAUUGAGAGGUGAAGCAAGCACACUUAUUUUCAGGGGCUUCUCCAGAUGUGUGAAGUGAGGGGAUGUGGUGACUGUGCCCUUCAAAUUAUGGAUGGAAAAAAAAAGUACAGAAAGGGAAGGAGACUUUAGGAAGGAUUAUUUUUGAAUUAAAGAUCAGAUUAAUGUUUUCCCUCCCGCUCACAGUCCCCCUUGGUCUGGUGUCAUGUAGCAUAGUGUGUCUAUAGCACAUGGUAUUUAAAGACUAAUGAAGGCAAAGAGACUAAUUUGGGGGCUGUUUCUUAUAUAUGGUACUAGGAAAUGCCUUGUUGGCAAAGCACAUCUUGGGUAGUUGAGAUCUCCUGUGUUCGUCUUUAGCUUUCCUUGUGGUGUGGACUCAUGACUGUAACAUUUCAUGUGUAAAAUAACUGGAUAUUCUUCAUAUGGUGGAAAUAACCUGUGAAUUCAAUCUUUCACUAAGUGUUUUAACUACUGUGUAUAUAUAUAUAUCUCAUCAAUAAAUGUAGAUUCCAAUUU